UUAAUAUCCUUCCUAUGGUUGAAAUUUCAUUACAUCCCAUUUCUUGAAAAUCAAACCUAAUAAAACCGAAACAGAUGGCUAGCUGUCUUCAUCAUAACACCUCCCAUAUUUCUUUAUCAACCCGGGGACUUGAUUUGUAAUGGGCUGUUGUCUUUGAGCUUACUUUUGUUAUUAAUCGAAGAAACACUGCAAGAUUUCAGCCUAGGGAAAAGAUGGGUAUCCUUCAGUUUCUGUUCUUUUUCUUUCUUUUGUUCACACUCUACACUCCAAUGUCGGUUCAUGCGAACACAGAGCUUAGAUCUCUAAUGGAACUGAAGGCUUCUUUAGACCCAACAAACAAGGUCCUCGAUUCAUGGAAAAGCGAUGGUGACCCUUGCAGCGGUUCCUUUGUCGGUGUGGCUUGUAAUGAGCACCGUAAGGUGGCUAACAUUUCGUUACAGGGAAAGGGCCUUUCUGGUCAAGUCUCGCCUGCUAUUGCGGGGCUCAAAUGUCUCUCUGGUUUGUACUUGCAUUACAAUUCUCUGUCUGGGGAGAUACCUAAAGAACUCUCCGAUCUUCAAGAGUUAACUGAUCUUUAUCUUAAUGAUAAUAAUCUGUCCGGCACCAUUCCUCCACAUAUUGGUAACAUGGCUGCUUUACAAGUUGUGGAUUUAUGUUGCAAUCAGUUGACAGGGAAUAUACCUACAGAGAUAGGGGAUUUGAAGGGAUUAAGUGUUCUUUCUUUGCAACGAAAUAGACUAGAUGGUAAAAUUCCAGCUAGCUUAGGGAACUUGGUAAUGUUAAGAAGACUUGAUUUGAGCUACAAUCGUCUCUUUGGUGAAAUUCCUACAACAUUAGCUAAUAUUCUACAAUUGGAAACUCUAGAUGUUCGAAACAAUACGCUAUACGGAAACGUCCCUUCAGGUCUUAAGAGAUUAAAUGGAGGGUUCCUUGGUGACAACAAUAGAGGUCUAUGUGGAACAGGCUUUCCAACAUUGAGAGUCUGUUCACGUUUUGACAAUAUGAACAUCAACCAGCUUGAACCUUUCCAAUCUGAUCUGAAUGACACGGUUCCAGGGGUUAACUCGCAUAUAGUACAUAACCAAGGAUAUUGCAACCACACUCAUUGCUCGAAUCCGCUGAGAUUCCCGAAAUUACCUAUUAUUACAGGGAUUAUUACAGUCGGUUUCGUUUUUAUGUUUGCUGUAUUUCUUGCAAUUUUCCACUACCGUAGGAAGAAACAAAAGAUUGGAAACACAUGUGAAUCUUCUGAUGGGCGCCUUAGCACUGACCACCAAGCAAAGGAACUUCAAAGGAAUGGAAGUGUUUCUCCGCUUGUAACACUCGAAUAUUCAUAUGGAUGGGAUCCAUUAGGUGAUGGAUGGGACAACAUUGGAUUUUCCAAGGAACAUUUAGAUAAGUUCAGAUUCAAUCUAGAAGAAGUCGAGUCCGCAACUCGGUGCUUUUCCGAGUUAAACUUACUAGGAAAGACCAAUUUCUCAUCAGUCUACAAAGGAGUACUGAGAGACGGUUCUGUUGUAGCCAUUAGGAGCAUAAACGUAACCAGCUGCAAAUCAGAAGAAGCAGAGUUUGUUAAAGGCUUGUACUUGCUAACCUCCUUGAGACAUGAAAACCUCGUUAGGCUUCGAGGGUUUUGUUGUUCAAAGGGCAGAGGCGAAUGUUUUCUCAUUUAUGACUUUGCUUCUAAGGGAAACCUGUCUAAGUAUCUCGAUGUUGAAGAUGGAGGUGAACCGGUUCUUGACUGGCCAACAAGGAUUUCCAUCAUCAAUGGUAUAGCAACAGGUAUCGGAUAUUUGCAUAAAAGUGAAGUAAGCAAGCCACCCAUAGUCCACCGCAACAUAUCUGUAGAGAAAGUACUGAUUGACCACCAAUUCAGCCCAUUGAUCGCAGACUCUGGUCUCCAUAAGAUUCUUGCUGAUGACAUUGUGUACUCAGCUCUUAAAGUAAGUGCAGCCAUGGGUUACCUAGCACCAGAAUAUGUUACCACAGGCAGAUUUACAGAAAAGACUGACAUAUUUGCAUUUGGAGUGAUUAUUCUCCAAAUCCUGUCUGGUAAACUUCAACUCACAAGCUCAAUGCGAUUGGGAGCGGAAUGUAGCAGGUUUGAAGAUUUUGUUGACGCAAAUCUAAAAGGAGAAUUUUCGGAACCGAUGGCUGCUAAGCUGGGGGAAAUUGCACUUCGUUGCACCAAUCAACACCCUAACGAUAGACCAUGCAUGGAGACAAUAAUCAAAGAGCUAAAUGACAUUUCAUGAUUUCUUGAUGUACAUUCUUUUUUUUUUUUACCCACAAAGCGAUGAUAUGAUAGGAUCAAAGAGGUUUAUUACUGCUUUUGGUUGGUUGUUAAUGGUAUCAUUUCGACAUAAACUAGAACUAUCAGUUACCUACGCAAAUCGUUAAAAUUUUUAACGGUAUCAUAAUAUACUAUUAAUUUGUUACUA